AUGAUCCUAAACGCCUGUCACGUGUCCGACAUCCCUAUCGUGGGCUCCGUCACCGUCCUCCUCCUAGUUUACCUAGUAGGAAGCAGCUUCUGGACCCGGUACAAACCCGGAUUGCGAAGUCUACCAGGGCCCUUUAUUGCCUCUUUCACGAAUCUCUGGCGGCUUGUGAACGUGGCCCGGGGACAUCACUACGACACGCUCCUCGGGCUACAUCGAAAGUAUCGUUCGAAUCUUGUUCGGAUCGGUCCCAAUGCCGUUUCCGUCGCGGAUCCGGAUGCGGUGCGAAUCAUCUACGGCCUGAAAUCCGGCUUCCAAAAGACACACUUUUACGAAGUCCAGCAGAACCUAAACCAGGGAAAGCCGCUCCAGAAUCUAUUCAACACCCUCCACGAGGGCUUCCACGCCGCCAUCCGGCGGCCGGUCGCCAACGCCUACAGCAUGACGAGCCUGCUCCAGUACGAGCCCUUCGUCGACACGACGUCUAAGGUCUUUGUGAGACGGCUCAAUGAACUGUUUGCUGAGCCGAGGAAUGUCUGCGAUUUGGGGACAUGGCUGCAGUAUUACGCGUUCGAUGUCAUCGGAGAAAUGACGUUUAGCAAGCGCCUUGGAUUCCUCGAGACGGGGAGCGACGUGGGCGGCAUCAUCGAAGAUCUCGAAUGGCGCCUGAACUACUUCGCUUGGUGCGGCCAAAUCCCGAUCCUCGACAAACUCCUGGUCAAAAGCCCCAUCGCGCGGCGCAUAAUGCCCUCGAACCACGUCGUCCGGUUUACGCUCGACCUGGUCAACGAACGGCUCGCCACCCCCGUCGAUCGACAUGACUUCCUAAGCGCGUUCCUCAAGGCGAAGGAAGAGCACCCUGGCCUCGUGGACGAUCGCCAGGUCACCUCGUACAGCGUCACGAACGUGUUCGCAGGCAGCGACACCACCGCCAUAUCUCUCCGGUCGGCCUUUUACUACCUGCUCAAGAACCCGGCCAUGCUGCGCAAGCUCGUGGCUGAGAUCGACACCGCCGUCGGCGACAGGAACUGCGUGCGGGAGCCUAUCACUUUUGCCGAGUCCAGGACCUUGCCCUACUUGCAGGCGGUGCUGAAGGAAGCAAUGCGUAUCCACCCAGCUGUCGGUAUGCUUUUGGAACGCUAUGUGCCUCAGGGGGGGUUUACCAUUUCCGGUGCUCAUCUGCCGGAGGGGACCAUUGUGGGCAUCAACCCGUGGGUCCUGCAUCGGAAUAAGGAGGUGUAUGGCCAGGAUGCCGACGAGUUCAGACCCGAGAGGUGGCUGGAGGCCGACACGGAGACCCUGAAGGCCAUGGAUAGAUCAUUUUUGGCUGUAGGAUUGGAUAAUCUCCCCCCUCUUCUCUCCUCUCUGUCCUUCGUCAGUGUCGAUAGCAUCUCGUACUAA